UUCUGCUGAUCGAAUGUCCUAAAACACGCACAUUUCGGUCGGCUUGAUGAGCAUCAUAAGAGACUCGUGUACUUUCACGGCUACCAGACUUCGACAUAAAAGGUGAUUGUCCACGGCGCCUGAUCUCUCUCAACAUGCCCUCGACACAAGCCUCGUUUGAUUACCCCCUCAGCAUUACCAACAUUGGUACAGCUACCGCCUUGAUCCAUCUUGGUGAGCCAAGCAGUCCAAACCGUAUCAACCUCAUCACAGACCCCGUGUUCGGUCCCGGUGGUACCCAAAUCGAGUAUCGCGGUCUUGUCAUCAAUAAGUCCGACUCCCCAGCCUUGACUCUCGACCAGCUCCCUCCCAUCGAUGCUGUUCUACUCAGCCAUGAAGAUCAUCCGGAUAACCUAGAUGAGCUCGGCCGACGCCUCCUUGAUGGUCGGAGGGUGCUCACCACCAGAGACGGCGCUUCUCAACUAGCUCCACGUCCAGGAGUACGGGGCCUUAAGAACUGGGAAACUGUCUGUCUUGACCUUGGAGGUGAGGGAAAGGCGCGGAAGUUGGAAGUAACAGCCACUCCAUGCAAGCACUUACCUGGUGGUCAGGUAGUGGGCUUCAUUGUCAGCUCUCCAGACGGGGCAUUUGGAACACAGCCUGACGGUCGUCCGAAUGCGAUAUACUUCUCCGGAGACACGAUACAUCUCGAAGAGCUUGGCAAGAUGAAGGAAAAAUAUCACAUUGCCGUGGCGAUGCUGAACAUCGGAAAGGCUACGGUAUCCUUGCCCGGCGGAGGUGCCGAUGGGGGAGGCCCGCUACAGAUCACCAUGGGCGGUGACCAGGCCGCGCAGUUGGCCAAGGAUAUCGGAGCCGAUGUUAUUGUGCCGCUGCACUUCGAGUCAUGGAGUCACUUUAUGGAAUCAGGGACCCAGCUAGCGAAUGACUUUGCAAAGGCAGGAGUGGAGGAUAGGGUGCUUUGGCUGAAGCGAGGCGUGGAGACCAAAAUUGUUUGAGUAUUCCACGAACUGGGAAACAUACAGAUUCUCGCAGUGAUUAUAGAAGAAACAAUGAAUGAUUCACAAGGGCCAUAACACCGCGACACCAUCAUAACUCAUCAAGACAAAAAGAAAGUGUUUCCAUUCGUCAUGACCUCGUAGCCCGCGUGCGCUGCUAACCAAAUGUGGCCCUCGAUCAAAUCCAACCGAAGCAACAAAAUAUCAAUCCUAAAACACCUUGUCAUAAGUGUCAUCAUGCUC